GCAAAGCUGAGGUUAUAAAAGAAAUCUAAGACCAUUUGUCUCCUUUUUAUUAUUCAAAAUCUUCAUAAGCACAGAAACAAAAAAUACUACCAUAUAUUAUACACAGAUUAAUAGUUUUUUUUUUCUUGGUGGAUUUGUGCUUAGUUCUUUGUAUUUGAAGAAAUUAAAGAUGACUGAAAUGGAUGAACCUUUGGAUUUUGAAUUUGAAGAACCUUCACAUAUUAGCCCUAUUGUUACCAAGAAAAAAAAGAAGGUAAUCGGCUUAGAUGAUCUUCUGAGUGAUUUCUACCAAGUGAAGAACAACACACCUAAGAAGGAAUCUAAACGCGCAAAGAUCCAGAAGUCUGAUGAGUCAGAUGAUGAUGAUACCAGAGAAGCAGAGCUUUAUGACUAUGUUAACAAAUGCCAACAACAGAUGAAUGAAAUAAGCACUGAUGAUCUGAUGCCAUUAUGGGGUCUUCAAGUUUUUGGGGGCCAGAAAUCUAUACCCCCACUGACAUUUCCCGAGCUUAGGAGUUGUGUCCUUUUGCAAUCUUUCAUAGCGCAUGAAGUUAAUUCACUGGUUGAACUCAAAACAGAAGAAGGAGAAGCAUUUCUGGAGGGAUUGCUUGUGAACGGUUGGCUUUUGAAAUUGGUCACUAAUGAUGGUCGAGUUGAAAAAUGCAUAGGAGCAUGGGCAUUUAGUCUCAUGUCAUAUUCACCAAAAGAAGAGUUGAGGGUGGCAGCAUGUGAAUUUUGGUGUUCUAUUCUGUUACCUAAAAAUCAGGUUGAUCAAGUAAUGUUUGAGAUGGAAUGGUUGCCGAAUCAUUCAGAACUGAUGCGAGCACUUGAAGUAUAUGGCUUUCUGUUGGAUUCCCCUUUCAAAUCUUCAGCCAGCAUGGAAAUUGUGGAUGGAGAGUCUGAUUCUGCUGGACCGCCUCAAAAUAUCAAAACCUGGAUAAAGUAUGUUUCUGUUUGCUGCCAAGCAAGGACUACACGUUCAGUUUUCUCAACUUUGGAGGUAGAAGAUCUGAUUACCUCAGUGAUCUGUCUCUUCUUAGACCGGCAACUUCUUGGCCUAUCUUUAGCGUUGAAGGAUUGCUUGCACUCGCUUAUUAGUUUCUUUAGUGACGAUGUAUUCCAUUCUAGCUGUCAGAAAAUAGCAAAAUCCCUCACCUGCAGAGUUCCUACUGAUGUCAACUGCUUGAGAUCUGUGGAGAGCGUAGCUGGAGAGGCUACUCGUUCCAAGCAUCUAAGGAGUGUGCUGGCCUUUCAUUUUCUUGUAGCAUGUUUUGAUAACGAGCUACAUGACGAAGAACAGAUUUUGAGAUCUCUAACCUCCAUUAAUCUGAAGGAUAAGAAUUGUGAUCUUUUCAAAAUGUAUAUUCAUCUGGUUCUGGCAGAGAACUGGCUGUUUUGCAACCCAUUGUUAAAAGAUAAACCAAUAAUCAGUGAGAUGUGGAGUGCGUGCCUUAGAAACUGUUCUUGUCAAAUCACUAGUACAGAUUUGAGGUCUUAUGCUUCUAAGGUUCGUAGUAAAGCAUCAUAUCUUCUUCAAGGCAGGACCACAACAUGACUUAUUAAAGGUUUAUACUUGUAGAUUUUGUACUUGUAUCUGUCCUAGCGCAGAAAUUCCCUACAGCGAAUCAGGGACGACAAAGUAACUAACUCUUAGCAUAAGAUAUCGAUAUGUUUGAUGUAUAAUCUACAGACGUGGGAUGCUUCGGCGAUUCUUGAAGGAACCAGAAGACUCAUUCUAGUAGCUGAUACUGUUUCUCAUUAGGUGUCCAUCUUCUACUGAUAAAUUUUUGGUAUUGAUCUGCCUGUUUUUUUGUCAUUCUGGCCCCUCACUAGAUGGAACAUGUACUCAUAUGCAGCUUUGCACUGUACAGUAUUACAAUUUCUUACCUUUAUUGUGGAGAGAAUAUUAAGACAGAUAUGGUUUAGUGAUGCUCUCUUUUGAAA